AUGACCCGGCCUCCCCUGGCUCUUCCACCGCCCGGGCUCCCUUUCCUCCCUAUGCUCCCCCGGCGCAGGCCUAUCACGCUUCGCGCCUGUGGCGUUUUCACCAGACGGUCUUUGCCAGUAGUGUCAUCCUCCCCGCUGGCUGUAUGGGCGGGUUGCCCCUCGCUGCUGCGUUCUGUUAGGCUAUGGAUUACAGGAACAAAUGUAGUUGAAUGGAACAGCAGGCGGGUUACACGUUCCACUGUGCCGAGAUUUGAGGUGCAGGUGGUGAUGAUCACCUCGGGGUAUGCGCUAGCGCCCUUGACAGGCACUCCAGAACCCGCCAACGCUCGUGAAAAUUCGGGUCGGUCGGUGCUCCAUUCAUCUGAUGGCUUGUUACAAAGGCGCUACAAUUCAUUAAAAUCCAAUAGAUCUUCGGAUCCUAUUUUGUUGAGAGACGUAGAGGAAAAUGAUGAUUGGGUUAUACCAACAGAAGUUGAGCUUCAAGAGUUUGCUGAUGGUAGAUAUGGUCUUCUUUGGUCAGCUAUGCAAGAGGCAAUGGGAAGAAACGAAGAAGUUAGGGUUACAACUAGGAGCAAAAGAGAGUGUCAUAAAGAUGAUGUUGAUGAUGAUAUUAGAAUUGAAGUGGAAGAUCUUGAUGAACAAUUCGAUGCCUUGGUUGAUGUGGACUCGAAGGAAGAUUUCGUGGCUUGCGAUUAG